AUGAGUAACGCGGCUGCUGAUCUGGCGCGCCUCGUCGCUGACGUGGCGGGUGGGAGAGCUGACGUGGUGAUUGGUCAUUCUAUGGGCGGGAAGAUCGCGCUGGAGUAUGUGCGGAGGGCUCGCGCGGGGGAAUUGCCAGUGAUGCUGCCGCAGCAGGUGGGAGGGAAAGAUGGAAAUGAGCUGUGGGUGCUAGACUCGGUGCCGGGCCGCAUAUCUGACUGCACGUUGGGGGAGGAUGCGGAGCGGAGGGACGUGGAGCGAGUGAUUGCCACUCUGCAGGAGCUGCCCCGCCCCAUCCCCUCCAAAAGGUGGCUCCUCCAGGAGCUGACUCAGCGCCGAGGCUUCUCCUCAGGCUUGGCUGAGUGGCUUGCCACGAGCCUCAGGCCCAUAGCUGGUUCGGCUGGUUCGGCUACUGCCGGGGCUGGUGUGAACAGGGAGAUGGAUUGGGUAUUCAACCUGGAUGGCGCUGUUUCUCUCUACAACAGCUACAGGCAAACGGAUUUGCUACCCUUUGUGAAAAACCUGUGCAAUCGGCCACAUGAGGAGCACCACCCCCCCCCACAAGCACCUCCUCUGCAGUUCCAUCCCAGACAAUCCCAAGAGCUUCAAGUAGAGAGGAUUGGUAGGGAGGUUCAAUCGGAGCCCAAGUUUGUGAAGCCAGGAGCAGGUGAGGGAGUGAAGUGGGGAUUGGUGCAGCAGCCGUGGCACCAACCCAUGCAGACCCAGGCGCAGAAAGUUCAGCAACAGCAGCAGCAGCAUCAGCUAGAGCAGCAGGAGGAGGGAGAGGUACCUACGGAGAAGCAGGUGGAAUGUGGUUGCACACAGGUGCACUUUGUGAAAGGGGAGAGGAGCGGCGUGUGGAAAGCCAAGUGCCUUGCUGACUUGGAGGAGGCAGUUGCUGAGUCGGCGAAGUGCGAAGAAGAGAGCUUGGAUUCGCUGAGGAAUGAGGGUGAUGAGGGUGGAAAAAAGGGAUGCAGAGCGCAUUUGCAUGUUUUGAAGGGAGCUGGGCAUUGGCAGUCGCGCGACGCCUUCUUUGCGUGUCUUCCAGCCACUAGAUCUCUCCCCCCGCUACUCUCCCCGCUUAUCUCCGAUAUGGCGUGCCCCGGUGCCCGUCGCGAGGGUCUGAGGCUCCUGCGAUCGAUCUACGAUGUGGGCGUCGUCGCCGCGUGGCGCGCUCCCGUGACUCACGGCGCUGCUGCCGCCGCGGCGAUGCCGAUGGCACAGCAGGUGGUCGGCGGCGACAUCGCCCCUGCUGGCGCGCGCUUCGCGUCGCAGCUCGCAGUGCGCAACCGCAUGAAGUCGGUGCGGAGCAUUCAGAAGAUCACCAAGGCAAUGAAGAUGGUGGCGGCAUCCAAGCUGAGGGGCGUGCAAGGCAAGACGGAGCAGAGCCGCGGCAUGUGGCAGCCCUUUACCGCCCUCCUUGGCGAUAACCCCACCCUGGUGACUCCUCGCACGCUGAUCAUCGCCGUGUCAACGGACAGGGGGCUGUGUGGUGGUAUCAACUCCACUGUUGUGAAGCACAGCCGUGCCGUCUCUGCCAUCUCCGCGCCCUCCGAGGAGAACAAGUCGGUGUUUGUGAUUCUGGGUGAGAAGGCGAAGCUGCAGCUGCAGAGAGACGCAAACAACACCAUUCUCAUGACCGUGGCUGACACUCAGAAGCAGGGCAUCAACUUCACGCAGACGUCCAUGAUAGUGGACGAGAUUCUCAAGAACGUGGAGUUUGACACGGCUCGCAUCAUCUACAACCGCUUCAACUCCGUCGUCGCCUUUGUGCCAACUGUCUCCACCGUGCUCUCGCCCGAGACUCUCCUCAAGGAGGCAGCGGAGGGCGGCAGUGCGAGCCAGCUGGCAGAGUACGAGAUCGAGGGCGAGGAGGGCCAGGAGGAGCUCUUCCAGAACCUCUCCGAGUUCCAGCUCGCGUCGUUGACCCUCCUCUGUGCCUCCCUCUGCUGUGCCUCCCUCUGCUGUGCCUCCCUCUGCUGUGCCUCCCUCUGCUGUGCCUCCCUCUGCUGUGCCUCCCUCUGCUGUGCCUCCCUCUGCUGUGCCUCCCUCUGCUGUGCCUCCCUCUGCACCCCUCUCUGCCCCUCGCUCCCCCAGACGCUCUACAACGCGCAGCUGGAGAAUGUGUGCAGUGAGCAACGCUCUACAAUGCGCAGCUGGAGAAUGCGUGCAGUGAGCAGGGAGCGCGCAUGUCAGCAAUGGACAACUCCUCCCGCAACGCCUCCGACAUGCUUGGCCGCCUCACCCUCUCCUACAACAGGUCUCGCCAGGCCACCAUCACCACGGAGCUUAUCGAGAUUAUUUCUGGUGCUGCGGCUCUUGAGGGCUAAGGCCAAUGCUGUCGUUACCGAUUUGUGGUAUUAUUGUGACUGUACGUUGGCGUAG